GUCGGUGGCACGGGCUGCGGGCAGCGCCGGCCAUGAGAAUCGCCCAAAAUCGCGGGAAACGCGUCCUGCUUCAGGAGGUACGCGAGGUUCGUUGUUCGUUCACAAUUCGUUAUUAUCACAACAAUUCGGACGGUCGAAAGGGCGAAAUUCGGGGCCGCGUGCGGGCACCUCGCGGUGCGAAAGCGGACGUUCGUUCCACGGAUGAGGUAGGCCCAGCUAUACGCGAGAAAGGUGAUACCCCUCUCGAAAACACGAGGCCGAAGAGGCCCCGCCGCUUGCCGUUCAGGUAGGCCCCAACCAACGGUAGCGAGAACUGUUUUCGACAAGUGUGCCCUCGUCGCUGGCAUUCCGCGGGCCCCGCGGACGCCCGUCGUUCGAGGUGCCGAUGGCGCUUCCAUGAUACACGGCGUACGGAACGCGAGAGCCUGAAAAUGCCGUUGCCGUACUGAACGCGCACCAGUCAUGAAUACCAUUGACACGGAGACGACCAGCGAGGUGUCCGCGUUGGAUCGCGCCAGAUCCGAGGCGGAUGAUGAGAUCGACGUGAAUGUCGGGGCAUCGACGAGCGAGGACGUGUGCGAUGGGGAGGCUUUGCUGGACGAUGACGAUGACGAUUGUAAUGGCUGGACGCCUAAUAAAAGCCGUUACGGCAGAACAAUAAAGCCCACGUCCAUCAUGGGCAUUACUGUGGAGUCUCUGCAGACGUUGAGGCUAAAGACACAUAGACACGUGUCGAAUUCCACUGAUAAUAGUAUGGAUGAAAAUACAAGUGAAAUUGACGUAGCUAAUAACGUAGAUGAAGUCGUUUCUUUAGUAAAUAGUAUAGAGGAGAUCCCAUCUCCAAAACUAAUCAGUCCUGUUGUUGAAUGCCAUUGGAUGGUGGGAGAGUUAGCAUGGGCAAGAGUUGGCAAUUUCCCAUACUGGCCUUGUAUGGUAACAAAUGACCCAACUACAGGUCAAUAUUAUAAGUUAAGAGUUGCUUCUAAGUUGAUUAUGUGGGUACACGUUCAUUACUUCGGAGACAAAGGACGUCACAGUUGGGUUUCGGCAAAAUAUAUGAUGCAAUUCAUAUCUCUUGCUAACUUCAUGGAAUUAGAAAAAUUAUUCAAGUCAGCAGAUACAAGGAAGAAGGAUCCCAAGUAUACUACUGCUUUUACUAUAAAGCCAAGAGCGAGAAUAAAGUGGGAAAAUGCUGUUAGAGAAGCUGAAGAAGCACAGGCACUGACGAUGGAAGAAAGAAUUGCAAUUUUUGCGAAAAAAUUUAAAAUCUCGAAAUCUAAAGAUGCAAAAUCAUCUACUGUCGAUGAAAGAAUUAAGAACAAGAGGAAACAUUCGAUUGAGCAAGAUGAGCCUGAUGUCAAACGUGCUAAACAAAACAAUUUAUACAAUGAAAAACCGGAAGUAUCGAAGUUACUUAAAUCAGAAUUAUUAAAGACGAAAAAUUCGCGGAUUGUAAACGGUAAAAUUGACUGGAAACUAAAUUUGGAUUCUUUACCUCCAUCUCCUUCAAGUCAUAAAAGCUCUUCCGAAAGUAUAAACACAAAAAUUAUUAAAAAUGAGGAUGAAGAGAGUUUAUUUAAACUCUACUACGAAGAUAACAAAAAUUUGCUCGAGACUGAAUAUCCAGAUACGCCAAAAGACGACAUUAAAAAAUACUUACGAAAAAUCUGGGACAAUAUGGACACGGAGUACCGGAAAAAAGUUAGAUCGCAAGUGUCAAACGAAAACUCGCACGUGGAUUCGAAAGAAAGCACUUCGUCAAUUGAGAUUGACACAACUGUAAAGGAAAAUAAAAAGAUGAAAAGUAAUAUUGACACUGAGGUAAAUUCUGUUCCAGAAAUGAUGAAACGAAAUAGACUGUACAAUCUCUUAAAAGAUAUAAAAAAAGAAAGUACUCUGGAUGAAGAUGUGAUUGAGAUUGACACAACUGUGAAGGAAAAUAAAAAGUCGAGAAGUAAAAUUGACAAGGAAGAAAAUUCUGUUACAGAAACGAAACGAAGUAGAUUGUACAAUCUCUUUAAAGGUAUGAAACAAGAAAAGGUUUGUCAGAUUUGCGAGAAGACAGGCAAGCUAACGAGAUGUAAGGGGCCUUGUUAUUCUUAUUUUCAUUUAUCCUGUGUAAAACCUGGCGAAUCUAGUCCAGAAUAUUCUGUUGAUGAGAACACCUUGGAUGACAGAUUACUUAGCGACUUAGACAUAAUUAAAAGAAGUAUUAAUGAUGAAAAUGAAAAUAAUGGUAAAUCCGAUGAGCAAGAGGACGAGACAUUCAAAUGCAUUGACUGUUUAUCUGGAGUAGCACCUGCUUGCUUCUUAUGCAAUGAGAGGGAAGGAGAUAGAGGAAGAUGUAUCGUCCCGGCUUGUGGAAAACAUUAUCAUUCCAACUGCUUAUUAUCGUGGCCACAGUCGCAUUGGCAAGGUGGACGCUUGAUAUGUCCGUAUCACGUAUGUCACACCUGCAGUUCGGAUAAUCCUCAACAUCACCGUUCGCGCGCCCCAAAUGAGAAAAUAGCAAGAUGUGUCCGUUGCCCUUCGUCUUAUCAUGCAUCGACAUUGUGUCUGCCUGCUGGUUCAGUAAUAUUGACGGCGAGCCAAAUUAUAUGCCCAAAACAUUACAAAGCACCAUAUCCUCCAUUGAACGCAGCGUGGUGUUUCCUGUGUACACGUGGUGGAAGCCUCAUUUGUUGCGACACGUGUCCGACUUCCUUUCAUUUGGAAUGUCUGGGUAUAGAUGCGCCUGACGGCGGAUUUAUAUGCGAGGAUUGUGAAACAGGAAGAUUACCUUUGUAUGGGGAAGUUGUAUGGGUGAAACUCGGCCAUUAUCGAUGGUGGCCGUCUCGUAUAUGUUAUCCACAUGAAAUUCCUGAAAAUGUAGAAAGUGUAGCUAAACCUCACAGUCCUGGCAAAUUUUGCGUAAUGUUUUUGGGAUCCAAUGAUUAUUAUUGGGUAGAUAGAGGUCGCGCCUUUUUAUAUCAAGACGGUGACGCAAAUAUAAAACCACCUAUGAAUAAAAAAUCUCUGAUGGACGAUACAUAUCGGAUAGCUCUUGAGGAAGCCAAUAAAAUACAUCAACAAUUAAAAGCAAGGCGAUCCAUGACUAAAAAACCGAAAGGACUGAAACCGCCACCAUACGUAAAAUUAAAAGUCAAUAAACCAGUGGGCAACGUUAAGCCAACCGAAUUCGAGAGCAUUGUGGCAUGCGAAUGCGAUCCUGAAUGGGAUAAUCCUUGUGCACCUGGUACGGAUUGUCUGAAUCGUAUACUAAUGGUCGAAUGCAGUCCCGGAAUCUGUCCAGCUGGAGACAAAUGCAUGAAUCAGUCGUUCGUGCUAAGACAAUACCCAGCAAUGGAGCCAUUUCAUACAGUGGCUCGCGGAUGGGGCCUGAGGACUUUGGAGGAUAUUAAAGCGGGGCGGUUUGUCAUCGAGUACGUGGGGGAAAUUAUAGACGACGCUGAAUACAAACGUAGAUUACAUCGGAAGAAGGAAUUGAAAAAUGAGAAUUUCUACUUCCUGACGAUAGACAACUAUAGAACGAUUGAUGCGGAACCGAAGGGAAAUCUGAGUCGAUUUAUGAAUCACUCGUGCGCUCCAAACUGCGAAACGCAGAAAUGGACAGUAAACGGAGAUACGCGUAUCGGUCUAUUCGCUUUGCGUGACAUAGAAACCGGGGAGGAGCUGACAUUUAAUUAUAAUUUAGCAUCUGAUGGAGAAACACGAAAAGCGUGUCUUUGCGGUGCAUCUAAUUGUAGCGGUUUUAUUGGGCUAAAAGCACAGAAACAACAGUUACCAAUAGCACAAUCGGUCAUGCAAUUAAAGAAAAUUGUUAAAUCAAAACGACACAGAAGAUCGAAAGAGAGAAAGUACACGUGUUGGCAAUGCGGACAAGAAAUAUAUCACAACAAGUUUAUAGUCUGUUCACAAAGGACAUGUAACAAAAAGUAUCACAAAACGUGUGUAAUAGUCGAUGAGACAGAACCGAAAUUCUGUUGUCCGUGGCAUUUUUGCUCAGAAUGCGGACGUCGAACAUCAGCACACUGUUCAUUUUGUAGUAUUGCAUUUUGUCAAGAUCAUCUCGAUGGCAACUUAUUUGAGCGAGAGAGCGAGAAGGGUGGCGUCGUAUGCAGAGCGCACGAAAAUGCGGAUGCACAGAAGCCUGUCGAAGACGAGAAAGAAUAUUUCGAUAACGAUAACGAGACAGAUAAAGAAUAUUCUUCGACAAGCACAAGCUCCACUAGUCCGAUCGUAAUGGAAAAAAUUGCGACGCGAGAACCAUCACCAAGGGUUUCUAUCGUAGAGGUUCAUCUAAGCAGCGAAGAGAGUGAAGAAUCUCAGAAGGAAGAGGAAGAACACAAUCUCGAGAGUAAUUUUAUGUCAUGUGAUAAAAGGACAAUGACAAAAGAGACAUUUCAUAAAUCACAGAAGAAAGAAAAUCAAGCGAAGGAGUUAAGUAAUCUUACAUCUAGUCAACUGGAAGCCAUAAUUGGCGUUAGCCUCGCUGAAUGAAUUUUUCAUUCAAAUUUCUCCAUUAAACACAUAGUAAAAAAAACUUACUAAUAUAACUGACAUAAUUAUAUAUAAUUUAUUAUGUCAGUUAUACUGCUAAUUACACAUAAUUAUGUACGAUGUUGUAGAUUAUAUAUCAUAUAUUGUAUAUAAUUAUAUAUAGUGUGUACCAAAAUAUACAAUAAUAAAGUAUGUAA